AGGGACAUCUUUUUCAUGGGGCGUGCCCCAAAGCCCACCUCCCCGGGCGAGGGGAGGGAGAGUCUCUGCUAUGAAAAGGAUGUGGUGGAAUAUAAAUUACCUCCUAUUGGAGAUCUUUCUCUCCCCGGCGCAUACGCGAAGAAUUUUGUAGCCACCUUGGCUAAUGGGAUGAGCCUCCAGCCGCCUCUUGAAGAAGUCUCCUGUGGCCAAGCAGAAAGCAGCGAGAAGCCCAACGCUGAGGACAUGACGUCCAAAGAUUACUACUUUGAUUCCUAUGCUCACUUCGGCAUUCACGAGGAGAUGCUGAAAGAUGAGGUGCGCACCCUCACGUACCGAAACUCCAUGUUUCACAACCGGCACCUCUUCAAGGACAAGGUGGUGCUGGACGUGGGAUCGGGCACAGGGAUCCUCUGUAUGUUCGCUGCCAAGGCCGGAGCCCGCAAGGUCAUCGGGAUCGAGUGUUCCAGUAUCUCUGAUUAUGCGGUGAAGAUCGUCAAAGCCAACAAGUUAGACCAUGUGGUGACCAUCAUCAAGGGGAAGGUGGAGGAGGUGGAGCUUCCGGUGGAGAAGGUGGACAUCAUUAUCAGCGAGUGGAUGGGCUACUGCCUUUUCUACGAGUCAAUGCUCAACACCGUUCUCUAUGCCCGAGACAAGUGGCUGGCACCCGAUGGCCUCAUCUUCCCAGACCGGGCCACGCUGUAUGUGACGGCCAUCGAAGACCGGCAGUACAAAGACUACAAGAUCCACUGGUGGGAGAACGUAUAUGGCUUUGACAUGUCUUGCAUCAAAGACGUGGCCAUCAAGGAGCCCCUGGUGGACGUGGUGGACCCUAAGCAGUUGGUCACCAACGCCUGCCUCAUAAAGGAGGUGGACAUCUACACUGUCAAGGUGGAAGACCUGACCUUCACCUCCCCCUUCUGCCUGCAAGUGAAGCGGAAUGACUACGUGCACGCGCUGGUGGCCUACUUCAACAUCGAGUUCACUCGCUGCCACAAGAGGACAGGCUUCUCCACCAGCCCCGAGUCCCCGUACACGCACUGGAAGCAGACCGUGUUCUACAUGGAGGACUACCUGACCGUGAAGACGGGCGAGGAGAUCUUUGGCACCAUUGGCAUGCGGCCCAAUGCCAAGAAUAAUCGCGACCUGGACUUCACCAUCGACCUGGACUUCAAGGGCCAGCUGUGCGAGCUGUCCUGCUCCACUGACUACCGGAUGCGCUGAGGCGGCGCCCGGCUUCUCCCACCCCGGCCGGGCCGGCCCUGCACGGGCCCAAGGGCUGCGGCAUCCUUAGGCAGUUUGGGGGCUCCCCCUUCCUCUCCUUCCCUCCCUCAGAAGGGGGUUUUAGGGGCCUGGGCUGGGAGGGGGGGCACAUCGUGACUGUGUUUUUCAUAACUUAUGUUUUUAUAUGGUUGCAUUUACGCCAAUAAAUCCUCAGCUGGGA